AUGGCCGACUCUCCUCCAAGCGAAGAUCUCUUUCUCACUAAAGAAGAUGAAACGAGUGAAGUUCCUUUACCGAAUUCAGGCCCUGCCUCUGAGCAUGAGAAUACAGCGUUGGUCGAAAACAUCAGUCGCGAAUCGGGGAAGCAGACUGAACGUGCUGUCGCCGAUGCCCUAAGUGAGGUGAAUGAGACAACAGAGGCCGAUGGAUCAGAGGAAAGCAAAGGAUCUGAAGGCGAGAAAGAUUUGAAACGCUCGCCGGCAGAAAUUGGAGAGGCUGAAUGUGAAGUUGGAGCAAAGAAGACGAAAAUUGACGAUUCCGACCAGACCCAACCUGCUGAAGAGAAAGACAACGAGGAUGGCCCUGCCCCUGUCGUUGCAAGUAAGGAAGGAAUCAACUUCUUCCAUGACGCGGAUGUUCUUUCAGGUCGGGGUGGGGGGACCAACGUUCAUCCUGGAAAUCGGAACUUCCGUGACAUGAUCAACCUUCAUCGCAGAGCUUACCUUAAGGCUCGUAAGAACGACAAGCCUGCCAUCUCCCGCGCAAUUGUCCGUUCUAUACGUGAAAGCAAAGGCAAGUUCCUCAAGAAGGAUGAAAAAACUGGGCUUUGGUUUGAGAUUGGAGACGACGCCGCACGCGAAAAAACCAGUCAGGCCCUGCGCCAACGUGCUCCGGAGAUGCGCAAGCUUCUUUUCGAUACUGAGCGUGAAGAAGCUCGUGCUGUCGCGGAAGAGCAUCUUCGCCAACAGCGCAUGUACAUGGGGAUACCACCGAAUCAAGAAAUGAUGCAAAACAUGGGCAUACCCCCGGGCAUGGCUCCAAAUCCCAUGUUUGCCAACCCAGCGUUGUUUGCGCAGAUGCAGAAGAAUGGCAUGCCCAUGCCUCAAGGCCCAGAAGCUUACUCCCACAUGUUCUCCGCAGCGCUUAUGCAAAAUGGCAUGAAUCGCUUCACUUCCAACGGAACCUGAAAUGAAUCUGACUUCUUCUUGUGAUCGUAGGGGAAUGGGGCAGGUUUGCCCUUGGGGUCUGUAAUCGAAAACAGGACUACCACUUUAACAAGGAGUUUUGGAAAGCUAUCAUGUGGCAGCCUGUUCUUGUGUCGUUAUACAAUAUAGGUUCGCUAGUGACUCACUUGAAAUCAAACUCGUGUAUAGUAUUUUCAAAUUUUUUUGACGUAUA